AUGAAGAGUUGUGGAAUUUGUGCAAAGAAGAUAGCAAAUGCAGCCGGAAGGUUUGCGCCCCGGGCUCAAAAGCAAAGCAUGAUCCUCAUGUUAUCUCUUUCACUAGCCGGGCAAAUGGACAGUGAUCGGGCUCGUAAGGUUGCUGAGACCAUUACAAGAGGGGUACCAAAAAUAUGCCAUGAACACAUAGUGCAAGCGGCUCAAUACAUGCUGGCCGAAAUGGUAGCGGCUGGGAACGAGAUUUCGCAUUACGAUGAUCCUAAAGCUUCCGGGCGUACAGCAUAUGUAACGGAUGGAGACAUUCCUCAACAUUUGGUUGCUAUUUUGAAUAAUAUGGCAGAGGGUAUCGUCUCCAUCACAGCCCGUGAUGUCAACAAGUUUCUGAAUGCUGCACUGAAAAACUACUAUUCAAGUCCUGUAUGGCCUGUUAAGGCGGAACAGGUCAUCACGACUGUCGCUCAAGUGGGGCAAGAUGGUGGCAAAGUGGAGAACUUGUCAGAAGUGUGUGCUAAAUCAGAAAUAUCAGAAAUGUGUUUCUCCAGUAAAGCUGUCGAGAGCUCAACCGCAGACGAUGAUGACGAAAAGUCAACUUCUCCUCUUCCCUUCAUGAGCGAGGACGAUUCUAUGGUUGAAGACGUGUCAGACUGUUCUUCCACGUUGCUUGAACUUGAACCCGAGUCGAGUAAGAUCAAUGGCAAGACCAAUGUACAACAGAAGAUGUUAACCAUAAGGCAUUGA